AUGAUGAAGAUGUUUGUUUUAGGUUACAAAAAUAUCAAGAGAAUAGACGGUUUUGACUUUGAAACUACAAAGCUCAUCCUCAAAGAUCUAGCCGGAUUCCAUGGGGUUUUUAUGGCAUUCAAACUCAAAGAACCUGAAGCUUUCGAGAAAACAGUGAAACCUUAUUGCCACGACUUCAUAGUUAUGAAUGAAGGAAACGAACAAUGGGAAGAGCUCGUGAAAACAAUCCUAAUGGAAAAUGAAGACACAGCCCGAUAUGGUUCUAAAAUAAAUAUCUGGGGAACAGUUCCAAGAUCAAUAGCCAGAGAACCUUUCGCAACAUUAAGCCACUGCGACUUGUGGACCAACAAUAUCAUGCAGAAGUUCGAGAACGGCAAAGCCAUCUCAAACAAAAUAGUCGACUUCCAGUGUUUCAACUACGCCUCUCCAGCAGCCGAUCUGUUUUUCUUUCUCUGGACCAGCGUUGCGCGACCUACUCUCGAACAGAACCUGGAUUACUUCAUAAAGUACUAUUACGAAAAUUUACUGCAAGUGCUGGUAAAGCAUAAAUGCGAUACCAGCCAAUUCACUUUCGAACAGUUUGAGAAAGAAAUAGAACUGGAAUGUGAUUAUGAAAUAGGUCAUGCACUGUUAUUCGUUUUAUUUGUUCACAGCGAAAAACCUGAAGAUGGUGAUUCGUCCGAACUUCUCACUGUAGAAAGUUUGUUGGCGGGUGUGUUGCCAAGAGGUAGAGAACGAUUUCGGUUCAUGGUCAAUGAAUGUGUCAGGAGAGGUUGGUUGAAAUAACAUAGUUUCUGUUUGUCCUUUCAGAUUGUUAGAAUGUCAUGAAUAAAUUCAAAUGAAUACAUCAGCCA